CGGUGCCGGUGCCCGGGGCGGUGGCGGGGCGGACCGCGGGGCCGGGCGAGGCGGAGCCGUCGGGCAGCGCGGCCGGUGCCCAUGGGAGCCCGGGGCAGGCUGCGGGCCGGCGGAUGCCCAUGGCUCUCAGCCCGGGGCUGCUGCUGGUGGCCGGUUCCUUCGCUGCCUUCCGCCUGCUGAACCGGGGGCUGGAGCGGCUGGUGCCGCCGCCGCCCUCGGCCCGGCGCAACCGCUGGAAGUGGCGAAACAUCUGGACGUCGCUGGCGCACAGCGUGCUCAGCGGUGGCGGGGCGCUGGCCGGGUUCUGCCUCCACCCUGGGCUGUCCGAGGACCUGGUGGGCACGCACCCGCCCGGGGCGCACAGCCUGGUCGCUGUCUCUGUAGGUUAUUUCCUUGAAGACUUUGUGGACAUGUUGUGCAAUCAGAAACUUCACCAGUCCUGGGAACUGCUCUUCCAUCACUCUGUGGUGAUAGUCUGCUUCGGUAUUGCAGUGCUGCUGCAUCAGUAUGUCGGGUUUGCCCUCGUGGCUUUACUGGUGGAGAUUAACUCCAUCUUCCUCCACCUGCGGCAGAUCCUGCUCAUGGCCAACCUGGUGCACACCACCUGCUACCGCCUCAACAGCAUCAUUAACCUGGGCACCUACGUGGUAUUUCGCAUCGCCACGCUGGCCUGGAUGACUCACUGGCUCUUCCUCAAUCGAGAGAAUGUGCCCCCAGCAACUUACGCUGUAGGCACAGUGGGCAUGGCAAUCAUGACACCCAUGAACAUCAUCCUCUUCUACCGCCUGCUGCGCAGUGACUUCUUCAAGUCCAGCCGGGAUGUGCAGCGGGAGAAGGAGCAAUAGCCCCCUUCCCCGCAGGGUCUGGGGGAUAAGCAGCCCCGAGCCCCUGGAGGAGGACAGCAAAGCGCAGUGGAGAGUCAAUGUGGCUGUUUCAGUACCUUGCGUGGAGGGUCCAUGCUAACAGAGAAUCCAGGCUUUUCUUGUGGCUGCAGAUCCUGGGCCCUGCACAGCAGAGAAGGUGCUCCUGGGGCAGGCACUGGGGCUCUGCUCCCCCUGCACCUUUGGAUGAUGUGGUCAGACGACAGGGAGCUGCUCGGAGAAGCCUCGACAGCUCUCGCAGCUCCCUGAGGCACCGCUGAGAUGAGAAUGGAGCAAAGGAGUGCUGUUUCCCCACUGCUCUUCUGGACAUCCAAACACCACGGGUUUCUAAACCCUUGGUGCUCCAGCCCACAGCAUACCAUCAGCCAGGGGACACUGCACUCAGCCCAGCAUUCUCUGUGGUGCUUCCCAUGGGAGCACCAGACAAGAGAGGCUCCAUGGCUUUACCCUCGAGGGCAGGGCUGGUAAAAGCCAAAUCCUGAACUCAUGAGUCCUCCCCGAGGACAUUGUCCCAGGUGGGUGAUGGAGGGAGAGGCUGAGACCUGUCUGGGUGGGAUGCUGCCCACUGUGGGGUCCCAGUUGGGGGCAGAGCACUGGGCAGCGGGUGUGCGGUGCUGUGCUCGGGGUCGGGCAGCCAACUUCUGGAGUUUUUUCCAUGUUGUUUUGUUCCCAGAUCUAUUAAGUGCCCAUAAAUGAGUGUGGGAGAGUGUCAGUCACUAGUCAGGAUGAUGCUAUGUGAUGGUCACUUCCCACAGAUGUGGAGUUUUCAGGCAUAGGCAUCUAUGAGGAUUUAGGCACUUAUUAGGAAUGAAAAGUUCUGCUGCACAGCGCAGUGUAAUGCUUUGACCCAGCAGCAAAAGCUCUUACUAACAUGAGCCUUUAAUAAAUGGUUGAAAAUGAAA